ACCACUUCGAGCCGGGUAGUGGUCUCGCGUGGGUGUUUGUCCCGGUCUCGAUUACCGAACGUUGCGCGCGUAUUUCGUGUUUUGGGACUUUUUUUUAUUAUUGUUUGUCGUGUUUUAUUUCUGAACGUAUAUGUACGUUCGUGUAUAUAGUUUUUUUCUGAACAUUUCCUGUGAAUUUUGUAUUAUAAUAAAGAUUUGUGUGAAAACUUUUGUGCGCGUUUUUUUGAAAAGUGAAUUUUCGUUUUUUUUAAAUCGCUGGGAUAGGCAAAGAUAUAUAACCAUACAGCUUUGAGUUUUUGUGUGACUAUUUUUUAAAAACAAAGGCAAAGAUCGUACAACGUACAGUCUCAAAUUAGAUUACUUAAAUGAGAAUUAAUUGAAUAAAAAUAGGUACUUAAGUAAUUUAAAAAAAUGGGUGAACAAACAUUCAAUAUCGAGGAUAAUAAUCUCGAACAGCACAUAGUCACGUUGUUUGAGAAGCUGGAGUGUUUACGUAGGGACGCGAGUUCGACUAGUGAUGUGCUCGGCAAGGUGCCAGCGAGGCUUGAAGUGCGGACUCUUUCGUUAUGGAAGGCCGUGGUAGCGGAGUGUGCGGCGUCGUUUCUGUAUGUUUUCAUCGUGUGCGGCGCGGCGGGCGGCGCGGGCGUCGGUGCGUCUGCUUCGGCGGUGCUGCUGGCCACGGCGCUUGCUUCCGGCUGCGCUAUAGCCACCUUGACUUUGUGCUUCGCUCACAUAUCUGGUGCACACGUGAAUCCAGCUGUGUCGGUGGCACUGUGCGUGCGGCGCCGCGUGUCGCCGCUGCGGACCGCGCUCUACGUCGCCGCACAGUGCGGAGGCGCUAUCGCGGGUGCCGCGGCGAUUUAUGGGGUCAGCAUACCAGGCUACGCAGGUGGCCUGUCAGCAUCGCUGCCGGGCGGCGCGGGUGCAGCAUGGGAGCGGCUCGGCGCGGAACUGCUGCUGUCGGGGCUUGUUGCUGCUGCGUACUUCGCCGCCAUGGAGCGGCGCUGGACCGGUGCUGCUCCCGCUCUACUCGGCGCUGCUUAUUGUGCUGCUAGCUUUGUUUCUAUGCCAUCACUGAACCCAGCGCGGUCGCUAGGCCCGUCGUUUGUGCUGUCUCGCUGGGAGAGCCACUGGGUCUGCUGGGUGGGCGGCAUCGGCGGCGGCAUAGCCUGCGCGCUGCUCCACGAGUGGGGCGCGAGACGACCGGGAGCUGCCUCAAACUCCAGAGCAUCUUCGCCAAGGGAUCUCGACGAGCUGGACAAGCCGGCGUUCCCGUCGCACCACCACUACCGCCACGCGCCCACAUACUGCUCGGCGGCUGCGCCUCGACCAGACACCACGGAGCCGCUGUACUCCGGCACCAAGUCGCUGUACUGCCGCUCGCCGCCGCCCACUCGCCACACGCUGCACAGAUCACAGUCAGUGUACAGUAAGAGCAGCGGCGCGGGCGCAGCGACCGUGCCUCAGGCCACCUCGCUGGCGGCCACGCAGUCGCAGCUGCUGUUGCGGACGCCCACACACACCGUCACCAUGAACCAGAAUGUGCACAACGCGCAGAGGGACCCGGCCUACGGGGCCACUGCGAACGGCGUGCGACCCGGACCCGCUGGUGCAGCAGUCCAAGAGCGCCGCGACUCAGUGUACGGAGGAAGCACGAGACGAGGGCCGCUAUCCUCAGAGGACAGCGCGUACGGCAGCUACGCGCCCGCGAGGGCCUACCGCCCUCCCGAGCACUACUAGCGACGCGCCUCGCAGCACAAUAUUGCGCUGCUGUUUGACGUGUGAACCGCCUGACCCCUAACGAUCCAAACGUGGAUCGCGGUGACCCGUCAUUAUCUUACUAAAGACUUUAGCUUUUGCAGUUGACAGAACCAAGGUACCCCCAUAAAUAGUUAUGAAAAAAUCAAGGUAUAAGGGGGAAAAUAGCAGUGCGGCGUAUGUCAGCUAAGCACUUGCAAAAGGCCUCGCAGCACUAUAUGGCGCUUCUGUUUGACGUGAGAACCAAACUGACCUCGUGAAUCGUGGUGACCCACAGAGAUCCUAAGAAUGGUGACCCGUCAGUACUAAGACUAGCUUAGUCAUAAACAGUGGAACCCCACGCCACAAAUAGCAAUAAUAAAAUCAUUCAG